GUUUCAUCAUUUAAUUAUGAUUCACGGAACGGUCGGAAAAAGUGUGAAUUUUACAAUGACAGGGGAUCACGACGGAUCGAAAGAAACGUUGGAAAAGCAGUUGCAAAUGAAAUCUGACAAUUUCCAGUCUCUAAAUAGGGAAUUGAUCCAAUGCAGAUUACAAAGGGAUCAGUUUAAGUCCUUGGCAGAACAGAUGCAAGAGAGAUUUGCACGAUUGAAACGACAAUUACACAGUGUACAGGACUCGAACGGGUGUUACAACUUGGAUGACUACUUUAAGACAUUGGAUCAACUAGUGGAAACCCGGGAACAGAACAAGUGCCUCAGGCUGCAAGUGUUAACUUUAAGGCAAAAAUUAGGGGAUAAUAGAACUGAUAUUGACGUGUUUCGUGCGAAUGAUACACAGACUAGCAUAGAAUCACCUGAUACACAGUGUGCUCCAGCCAUUCAUCAAAGGGAAGAGAUGUUAGAGCAGUUGGAGAAACUAAAUUUCAAGUGUAAUCAAUUGCAAACUGAUUUACAAACUGUUCUGGACGAGAAGCAUGAAUUGGAAAUGGAAAGGGAUGCUUUUAAAUGCAAAGCGCAUAGAUUAAAUCAUGAAUUGUCAAAAGCAUUAAGUGCAUCCAAGCCAGUGGACUUAGAUGCUCUUAUCAACGAAAAUAGAUAUCUUCAAGAAAGAUUACAGCAAUUACUAGAAGAGAAGGAACUGACAAGGCAAUCGCUCUCAAAGUACAAAAGUAUGCUGGAUAGCAAACGGGUAAAAGGAUCCAUGAAAUUGGGGGCAAAUACAGCUGCGGGUACAAUCAUGACUCAUAAACAAGUGGAGCAGUUACUCCAUCACGACUCUCACGUACCACCACAAAAAUCCGCAGCAGCCAUGUCCGAUUUACGAUGCCUAUGUGUAGCCCUGUUGGAAGCGUUGAACGAUAAAACGUUAGCUUUAGUGCAUCAAAAGAAAGCAAACAGAAUAUUGGCAUUGAGAAUAUGCGAAUUAGACAGCACGGUGGAGUCGCCGUCAACGAAAUUGUUGGAAGGAUACACAAGUGCAAAUAUCGAUGCGAAAUGCGAGACGGAUGUAGCAGGGAUAGUGCAGACAUCGGAAUACAGUGUAGAAAACGAGAAAACGAUACGUGAUAUUGAAAGGGGUCUUAGAAACAGCAAAAACAACGACGACGAUAGUAACGGUACAAAACACAACGUUCCUAGUUCGGAGAGUCAUGUUAUGCAACAACUGCAUUCCAUACAGAUGAGCCUUCCAAAAAAUUUGGGAGUUCUAGUUCAGAAAGCGAUAAACAACUUAAAGGAUACAGAUAUAGGGAAAAUGUGAAUUUAAUCGUAUGUAAAAAUAUUCGUAAUCAACGGGGUGCUAUUUGUACAGACGCAUCAUCGGCCGCGCGUUAUCUAGUCACAUUAAAUAUACGUUCGAGAUAGUGUGUAAUACAAUCACUCGGAAAGGUAUUUUAUUGUGGAAUGCAGUCGGGGUUACAUUUGAAUAGUCUAGAAAUAGUAAUUUCGCGUACGUGAA